AUGUUGUCAAUACUUCGAAAAGCCCGUCUGAAGGACAAGGAGAUGCGCAUACUGAUGCUGGGCCUGGAUAAUGCGGGAAAGACCACCAUCGUGAAACGCAUCAUGAACGAAGAUGUGACCACAGUCAGCCCGACACUGGGAUUUAUUAUCAAAACCAUUGAUUUUAUGGGAUACAAACUCAACAUCUGGGAUGUUGGUGGGCAAAAGACGCUCCGUUCUUAUUGGAAAAACUAUUUCGAGAAAACAGAUACCCUCAUCUGGGUUGUGGAUGCCACUGAUCGUCUGCGUGUGGACGACUGCCGCCAGGAGCUGGCUGGGCUGCUGCUUGAAGAGCGCCUCAUGGGAGCCACGCUGCUGGUCUUCUUGAACAAAACAGAUGUGGAGCAUUGCAUGGGCGAGCAAGAGGUGCGAGAGCGCCUGGGCUUGGAUCUAAUCAAAACGCACAAGUGGACAAUCCUUCCAUGCAGUGCUAUGACGGGGAGAAACCUUAAUGAGGGGUUGGAAUGGGUAGUACAGGAUGCGAAGGACCGGCUCUUCCUUUAUUAA